ACCUCCGCCUUAGUAGUGCUCGAAUCGGACGACCCAGAUCCCGAAUCCCGCCACGUGUCGAAUCAAAAUAAAAUUUCACAUAAAAUGACCCAAUUGUAUAAACGCAUCCCUUGGUUUUCAUCUUCCGUUACUCGUCCCACCAGUUCUCCCAUACCCUCGACGCUAUUACCCAUUGUUCAUCUUGAAAUCAAACCACUUUUUUUCUAGAGUAAAUCAAAGGUACAACUAUUAAAAUCACAUUUCUAAGAAAUGGACUGAAACGCAGGUGCAGAAAAUAAACCAAUCUCCAUCAAAGCUUGAGAGGACACAUUGGCUUUGGCUUCACAGCAAUAUAUAAAUCUCUGCGUCUCUUUCACGAACAAGAAUUUGGGUGGGUGUGAGUAGUGGGUUGCAGCAAUGGAGCUGUUUUACUUCGUAGUUUUCGGGGCAUUGGGAGCGGUGGUGGCAGCAUUAGAGCUAAGCAAGACCAGCAAGGAUCGAAUCAACACCUCCCCUGCUUUCAAUUCCUUCAAGAACAAUUACCUUGUUGUUUACUCUCUCAUGAUGGCUGGAGACUGGCUGCAGGGUCCAUAUGUUUACUAUCUUUACAGUACAUAUGGCUUUGGAAAAGGGGAGAUUGGACAGCUUUUUAUUGCUGGCUUUGGAUCCUCAAUGUUGUUUGGGACAAUUGUUGGAUCUCUAGCUGACAAACAGGGCCGGAGAAGGGCAUGUGUUACUUACUGCAUAACUUACAUACUUAGCUGCAUCACCAAGCAUUCUCCUGAAUACAAAGUUUUGAUGAUAGGUCGUGUUUUGGGAGGUAUAGCCACCUCUCUUCUCUUUUCAGCAUUUGAGUCAUGGCUUGUUGCUGAACAUAAUAAGAGGGGCUUUGAGCAACAAUGGUUGUCACUGACAUUUUCAAAGGCAAUAUUUCUUGGCAAUGGUCUUGUUGCCAUUUUGUCUGGGUUGUUUGGGAACCUACUGGUUGAUUCGUUUUCUCUUGGACCAGUGGCUCCUUUUGACGCUGCUGCAUGCUUUCUUGCUAUUGGGAUGGCCAUUAUUUUAUCAUCAUGGACUGAAAAUUUUGGAGACCCCUCAGACAAUAAGGAUCUGCUUACCCAGUUCAGGGGUGCUGCUGUAGCCAUAGCUUCUGAUGAAAAAAUUGCUUUGCUGGGUGCCAUCCAGUCUCUGUUUGAAGGUUCAAUGUACACGUUUGUGUUCCUUUGGACUCCUUCUUUGAGCCCCAAUGACGAGGAGAUCCCUCAUGGUUUUAUUUUUGCCACUUUCAUGUUGGCUUCAAUGUUGGGAAGCUCCCUUGCAUCUCGAUUGAUGGCUCGCACAACACUCAGGGUAGAAAGUUACAUGCAGAUUGUUUUUGUGAUUUCCUCUGCCUCUCUCCUGCUUCCCAUUAUAACCAAUUUCUCGGUAGCACCUUCUAAAGUGAAAGGUGGAAGCAUCUCAUUUGCAGGUUGCCUCCAGCUUCUUGGCUUCUGUACUUUUGAGGCUUGUGUAGGGAUAUUCUGGCCGUCCAUUAUGAAAAUGAGAUCCCAAUACAUCCCGGAGGAGGCUAGAAGCACUAUUAUGAAUUUUUUCCGCAUUCCUCUCAAUAUAUUUGUCUGCGUUGUGCUGUACAAUGUUGAUGCAUUUCCCAUCCCUGUUAUGUUUGGUAUGUGCUCAAUUUUCCUCUUCGUGGCAUCUAUCUUGCAAAGACGGCUGAUGGCAAUUUCAGACAAGCCAAAGAUAGAAAAUUGGACAGCAAUGAAGGAAAGGGACACUGAGGCAGAGCCACUAAAUGAUUGAGUGAUGUUAGGCCUAUAGAGACCACAUAGGAUUCUUGGCAGGUUGAAAACAUAAACGUAACUCAUUCCUUAUACUGUUGGCAGCAUUUUGAUUUUAUAGCACAGGUUACUUACAAUGUAUAAGAAAAUAGUGGUGUGCCCAGUAAUUAAAGAAGAUGUGGGCUGUAGAUCAGUGGAGUUUUCAUGAUUGUUUUGGGCUGUCAGUAGAUUAAUCUUUUUCAUCUGUUAAAAGUAGGAAAGCAAAUAUCCAUCUUUUUAAAUUCUGAUAGUAUUAUAUAAUUUGUUUCACAUUUUCCACUUUUAGUGAAAUUGCACCAAUUUUAUGCUGCUCUAUAGGAUCUGUCACCAUAAUAAUGCCUCUGCAAUGAAAGAUUGUGCCCUUUUUAUCUCCUCUGAUACCGAAAUUAUUAGUUCUUUGAGGCAUUAUUGGCGGACGGUUGAUCCGUUUAAUGUGUUAGAUGAUUGGUUGUUGAUCAAAAUGAACAAAUA